GAUAAUGACCAAAAAUCAUACGUUGGAAAAUAAAAACAUAUAAUCUUAUAUUAAAAAAGUCAUUAUGUUUUAAUCUUAUUUAAAUAAAUUUUUCUAAAAUGAAAUCCCAAUAUGUCAUUUUGGUACACCGUACCCCUGGCAUUGCCCCCUUUAAUUUCUCGGUGAGGAUCGAUUCAUCGAAGUAUGUGGAUGAGGAAAACUCAAGUCCCCAGUGCCACCGCCGUGUUCGGCGGCGCAGCCGCUAUUUACAACCUUGCCGGUUUUGCGUCCAAUCGGCCAUAUGUAUCCUUCUCCUCCCGCAAAUCCCGGCUGCCGCGCUCUCUUCACUCUCAUCUCUACCUGGUUACGGCCGCCAUUGGCACCUCCCUCCCCCAGAUCAAUCCAACCCUUCCUACUCGCAGUGCUGGACCCACCGGGGAUAAGAGAUUUCAGGAGAAACGCUCCAAAGUGAUUUUGAAGGGAAUGAGAUACACUGAACUUGAAAAAUGGGUUCAAUCACAUGGUUAUAGACCCGGUCAGGCAUUGAUGCUGUGGAAGCGCCUUUAUGCAAAAAAUUUCUGGGCUCAAUCUAGUGAUGAGCUAGAAGGGUUGAAUAAAAAAUUCAGAGAAAUGCUAAGUGAGCAUGCUGAAUUCAAAGCAUUAGACUUGAAAGAUAUCUUAACUGCAUCGGAUGGAACUAAGAAGAUGUUAUUCACGUUGGAAGAUGGCAUGGUAAUAGAAACUGUUGUUAUACCUUGUGACCGGGGUAGAAAUACUGUCUGCAUAUCUAGUCAAGUUGGCUGUGCGUUGAAUUGCCAGUUCUGCUACACUGGCAGAAUGGGCCUAAAGAGACAUUUAUCUACUGCGGAGAUAGUGGAGCAGGCAGUUCUUGCACAACGUUUCCUGUCAAGUGAAGUUGGUACAAUUACAAAUGUUGUAUUCAUGGGGAUGGGGGAGCCACUCCACAACACUGAUAAUGUGAUAAGAGCUGCAGACAUAUUGGUUGAUGAACAAGGGCUUCAUUUCAGUCCUCGCAAGGUGACCAUCUCAACCAGCGGACUUGUACCCCAGCUAAGGCGUUUUCUUCAUGAAUCUAAUUGUGCUUUAGCAGUCAGCCUGAAUGCUACAACUGAUGAGGUUAGAAAUUGGAUCAUGCCAAUCAACCGCAAAUAUAACUUGAAGUUACUUCUUGGGACUCUUAAAGAGGAGCUUCGUGCAAAACACAACUACAAAGUUCUGUUUGAAUAUGUCAUGCUUGCCGGAGUUAAUGACAGUAUUGAGGAUGCAAAGAGGCUAAUUGAUCUGGUUGAGGGCAUUCCUUGCAAAAUUAACCUCAUACCUUUCAACCCUCAUUCUGGGUCUCUGUUUAAACCAACAAAGGAGGAGAAGAUUAUUGAGUUCCGAAAUAUUCUAGCUGAAGCAGGUUGUGUUGUUUUUCUGAGGCCAAGCAGAGGUGACGAUCAAAUGGCUGCUUGUGGUCAGCUUGGUAAGCCCGGGGACAUACAGGCCCCGUUGCUACGGGUUCCUUCCCAGUUUCAUGCAUUACAACAAGUUUCAGUAUAAUUUCAUUCACCGUUGCUACCGAUUGCCUCUUUUUGUUUCCGAUUCUUGGCUUAAUUAUAUUAAACAUUACUCCGUUUGUCCACUUUCUAAAAAUAUCCUAAAUUUAAGUACUCUGUAUUAUGGAGUACGAUGAAAUGACAGCUAGUCUCUCUCAUACUCGCGCACGCACACAUAUUUCCGUUCAGAUGAGAAUGCUUUUAACGUGAAGAUGUGGGUAUGGA